UUUUGGAGGAGGGACUUCUGAGCCGUUCGGGAAUUCUCUUACUGUAACCAGCUCCCCGGUGGAAGGCCGAUGUUCUCCGUGUAAACAGCGAUCUUACAGGGGACAGCCCGGAACCACAAGCGGGAGCACCGCGUUUCCCGGCUGACGUCUUCGGCGAUCACUUCCGCUCAGGGGUUGGAAUACUCGAGGCCCUUUGACGACCGACAACAAGAAAGGCACUUCCGGUGUCUGUUGCCAAGGAGCGGGCCGAGUGGGCCGUAGGGGCGGCAUAAUUGGCGCCGUCCUCUACCCCCCCUUCCCGGGGUUGAAAUGUCGGGACUGAGCUCCACAGAGAUAGAGGGCUGUCGUUACCUGCUCGGCCUACUGGACAACAACGAGAUCAUGGCCCUGUGUGACACCGUCACCAACCGCCUGGUGCACCCUCAGGACUGCCAAGAUGCCAUUCAUGCAAUAUUAGUGUACAGUCAAAGUGCAGAAGAACUUCUGAGGCGUAGAAAAGUCCACCGAGAAAUCAUAUUUAAGUAUUUGGCAACACAGGGGAUCAUUAUACCUCCAACUACUGAAAAACACUGUCUUAUUCAGCAUGCAAAAGAUUACUGGCAAACGCAGUCACACCUGAAAUUGAAGGCAACACCAGAGCCAGUACCAAAGACAGAAGACCUCCAAGUCUAUCAACAGCAGGCAAAAGAAGAUAAAACUGAAAAAGUUGAUUUCCGUCGCCUAGGAGAAGAAUUCUGUCACUGGUUCUUUGGUCUUCUUAAUUCUCAGAAUCCUUUUUUGGGACCACCUAAAGAUGAAUGGGGGCCACAGCACUUCUGGCAUGAUGUCAAGCUUAAGUUUUAUUACAGUACAUCAGAACAAAAUGUGAUAGACUACUAUGGAGCAGAAAUCGUGAGUCUUCGUUUGCUGUCAUUAGUAAAAGAGGAAUUUCUUUUUCUCACCCCGAACUUAGAUUCCCAUGGACUGAAAUGUGCUUCUUCUCCCCAUGGGUUGGUUAUGGUUGGAGUUGCUGGGACUGUACACCGAGGGAACACUUGUUUGGGCAUUUUUGAACAAGUUUUUGGACUCAUCCGCUGCCCUUUUCUGCCGAAUACUUGGAAAAUCAAAUUUAUCAAUCUGAGAAUUAUUGGAGAGAGUUCUCCUACUCCUAGAGCAUUACUGAAACCAGCUGUUACAUUUGAACAAAGUGAUCUAGAAGCCUUUUAUAACGUAAUAGCUUUGUGUGGUACCAACGAAGUACAAAACAGGCAGGCAUUAGAUAGUGGAACUGGAGACCAGGCUUUAUGUAGUGGAAAUGAAGCAUUGCUGAACAAAAAAGAAACGAGUUUACCUAAUUCUCUAAAGCACUGAGAACUGUAUGUCAACCUUAAAAAAUCUUCUAUACAGAAACUUAAAAAUAUGACAUCAGUAAUGUCUAAGAGUUAGGCAUUACUUAGACUCUCCUAAGUGAUUUCAGACAUGAGGAUUGACAUGUUUUAGUUGAAAUACUUUUCUGGACUACAGACUGACAUAUUAUGUGAAAAUUUACCUAUUUCUACCUGAGUUGCAGCAAAUGUUCUGAGAGCGUAAUGCAGUUCAUCAAAUAAAUCCCACUUUAGAUAUUAUAGCUAACCGUGUGCCUUAGAAACCAGGUAAUAUGUUUAUUUUACCUAGUGAAUAUUCUGCUAAUAUCUGUACUUUUCGUGUAAAAAAAGGAUUUAUAGUAUUUAAGGCUUCUGCUCUUUCAAGUUUCUCAUUUACUUUUACCUAAAUCUGGAUAAUUGGUUGUUUCACAAAUGCAUCUUACUAUGGCAUUAUUUUUAAAACUAUUGAAUAUUUUAGAGAUGUUUACUAUAAACUGAAAUUUGUCAUUUUGGAAAAUUUGACAUUCUUAUGUGAAAAGUCCAGUAAUUUAGCAGGUUAAGAAAAAUUUACUGCCUCUUUUAAUAUUUGAGGAACAUUUUUUCAAAGUUAUCUGCUAUAGUCUAAGAUAAAUAACUUUUAUAAUCUGCAUUUUCCAAAGUAUUUUGAGCAAUAAUAAAUGCUGUUUUUGAAACAGACCUUAUUGUUACCUAUGCUUCCACUAACAGUCUCAAAGAGCAUUUGUUGUAAUAGCAUUUGAAGGAAAUAUAGUGUUGAAAUUUUAAAGGCAUGCUCAGUUCCUAACUUUUAAAUGAAUUUCUAUUCUUCCUCUUGAUUGAUCUUUGCAAAGGUGACUGAACAAAAAACCCCACAAAUUUAUGUAGGUAUACAUAUACCUCCGUAUCUUAAAUUUUUCACCUAUAAUUUGUGUCACCAUGUUUGACUUAACAGGUUCAGUUACCAGAUUACUUACAUACUUUAAAUUUCUGAUUCCUCAUUACCCAACAAUUAUUUACUAAUGCUGGAUUUAGUUAGUAAUUUUAACUUAUAAAAGUACCAUUUGGAGAAGAAUUCAACUGUGAUAUUGGUGUUACUUUUUACAUUUAAGUCUCUUCAUAGUCCUCUACGGAGACUGAUAGGAAUUUUGGAAGCAUGAAGAAAACUUUCGUCUUUCUUGUUUUUUUUUUUUAAUGCCAUGCCUCUUAUGAGGAGUACAAAUUGAUAUGUCCUAAAAUAAUAAAGGAAGGAAAUGCCUUUUGUCUGCUUAAAGAAUAGCAUAUUGUUUAGAUUUAAUUUAUAGUUGUCUUACUUUUAGACGAAAUUUUAGACAUUAACCAAAAUAAAGCAGAUUUUACUACUGCUAGUUAGACUAUCAGUGUAGAAAGAUAUAAAGAAGGGCGGCGCCUGUGGCUCAGUGAGUAGGGCGCCGGCCCCAUAUGCCGAGGGUGGCGGGUUCGGACCCAGCCCUGGCCAAACUGCAACAGAAAAAUAGCCGGGUGUUGUGGCGGGCACCUGUAGUCCCAGCUGCUCAGGAGGCUGAGGCAAGAGAAUCGCGUAAGCCCAAGAGUUAGAGGUUGCUGUGAGCCGUGUGAUGCCAUGGCACUGUACCCGAGGGCGGUACCGUGAGACUCUGUCUCUACAAAAAAAAAAAAAAAAAAAAAAAAGAAAAGAAAAGAAAGAUAUAAAGAAAACGGCAGUUUCCAAAAUAAUUAUCUCUUACAGUUUUGUAAAGUACACUAUCAGGUCACAAGUCCAUCUUUACCCAUCUUGUAGUUCUACUUGGGUUUUGAAAGCCAAGUUAUCUUUUUUUCCUUAAGCUUAAAGUAGCAUUUUAAAGUCUACUAGAUAACUAUUUUAAGUAAAGGAUAAAAUUAAAAGACAUUCUUAUCUUUUUCUUUGCUAUUGAUGUAAAGUACAGCAGAAAUACUAUAGAUGCCUAGGAUGAGCAGGGAUUGCCUCAUUGUUGGAUUUUUGAAUUUGUAUAAAGCUCAAGUGAGGCUGCAAUUUCUGCAUGUAGUUUUUUUUUUUUUUUUCAUUUCACACUAUUUUAUUUAGUGACAAUAAAAUGAGAUUUCAUGAAAGUAGAAAAACUUUCUACAGAAAGUUUUGCUUCAGCUGAGAAGGGCUCUCCAGCACAUGGAGUUCUCAUACUUAUCGUUGGGUUUCUGCCUCAUCCAUGCUCAUCUGUGCCAUGAAUACUUACUCAGGAAUCUCUAGAGACCCCUAGAGCUCAGGCCAAAGAGUCAUCCACGUCUAGCUCCCAGUAGUACUUUCCAGAGGUGAAGGCCUGGUUUCCUUGAGCAGCAAAAUAAUUAGAUCUGUCAUUAUUCAAAGAUGGAUCUUGAUUGUAAAAUCUAAACCUGAAGUUUCUCAUGUCAUCAAACAGUUUGAUGUCAUGAUUGCUUACUUCAUUAUUGAAAGAAAUCUCUACCCGGUAGUGGCUAUAUCUGUCCCUCAGUCCAGUGAUGGCUCUGACACUGAGCUCUAGAUGCACAGGCUAGGGCAUAUGCAGCUGCACAGAACAGCGUCUCUUCUCGUUUAUGGCACAUGUCCAUCAGUUCCUCAUGUAUUUCUUUUACUUGUUUCCUCUUUUGAACCAUUUUGGCCUCACUUCUCUUGAAUUGCUGUAAGAUGUCCUGGCCCUCCUUUUUUUCAGUUUGUCCAAAUAUUGUUCUUAUAGAGAACAGGACACAGCUCCCCAUAUUCGGUUUUAGUGGUAUUCUUUACUAGAAACACAUAGUUCAUCCAACGGUUCAUUAUUGUUCUGUUCUCAUUUAGGUUUCUUUUAUUUUCUUGGAUCUUGUCCCAUACUGAUCUCAUCUGCUUUACUAGCUUCUUCCUCUGGUCCUCAGCUGCCCCUUCAAUGGGACAGUGUCUGUGAGCCCCAUGCUCCUGGGAGUUAGAGCACAGCAGACUCCUGUCCAUUUCACAGAACAUCAUCUUUCUCUCCUUGUAGGUCUCACAUAUUUGUUCUUUAGAGCUCAGGAAUUGCUGGAGACUUUUUCUGGCCAGGGAAACCAUCGUCUUCACACGGAUAUCAGUUUUGAAGUCUUUCUGCUGUAAUGGUUCCCUGCAGACAUGGCAUUGGGCAGGAGUUUGGACUCCGUCCCAGGAAAGACAAAGGCAAGGCCUACAAAAGCUGUGUCCACAACCUAUGGUAACUGGGUCUGCAGGGUAGUUCAGGCAGAUGAGGCACGCGAGUUCUCUCUGGAAGUCUUGUGGAAUGUCUGAGUGGACUACAUGGACUACAUCUAUGAUCCCACAAAAGUUUGCUGGAGAAGUAAUAUGAAGUUAGUUGAGGAUCAGGACCUCACGGUGUUAGAAGUCUCCGAGGCCAAAUGAGCUCCAAACUUCAUGCUGCCUGUUACAGAGGAGAAUCUCUGCAUGUAGUUUUAAUCAACCUUUAAAAUUUGAAAUCUUGAUAGACAAAACUUAAAGAUUAGGGCUGUGUUUUAUUUCAUAUGAAUUUUUACAUCUGGGCACACUAUAUAGAGCCUAAUGUUGGAGUAAAUGGGUGAAUGAAAGAGCAAAAAGAAGUUUAUCUACUAUGAAAAAGACUCUUCUGCAUCUACAUUUUAUCUUUGAUUCUUUUCAUCAGUAGUGAUUUUUUGGUCACAUAAUUUGAAUUUCAUACUUGAAUACACAGAAACGUUUAGAUUCCCAAAAUGACAGUAACUCAGAUUUGGGAGAACUAUACUGACCUUAAAAACCUUGGGUCAGUGGAAUAUACCUGAGUGACCUAGAAAAUAUUACAGGGGAAGUGUAUGAAGAAACAGUAUUUGGAAGAAGAUAAUGUGGAGGAUUUUAAAUCUGUUCAUGAAGCUCGAUUAAGCUUUGAGAAUAGCCAAAGCUCAUUGCAAGAAUUGAACUCUAUUACCAACCCACUGGUUUGUUCAUGUUAGGGAAGGGCAGAAAGAGAACUCAGCUUUAGAUCUCCUAUCUCCUUUGUUUUUUUUUUAAUACCCAAUUGUAUUUGAAAAAUCUGGAGUCAAGUAGUAAGGAAGAAUAUAACACUUUACACGUUAUUUGUACUCAUUGGUCAAAGGAAGAGACCCUUUGGACUUUUAUUUCCUGUAGACUGAUUUGCCAUCGCCUAAUAACAAGACAUUCAUAUUAGGUAUCCCUUUUGUUAAAUCUUAAAAGUAAUAGUUACAUUAGGAUAUUUUAUUAGUAUCUAGAAGGCCAAAUAACAUAUUUUUAUGAGUCUUAUUAACUAGAAAACCAGCUGUAGAAAAACAUGUAAUUUAUUAAAACAAAUGGCAAAACAAGAUAGCAGGUCAGGAAAGGUCUCUGGGUUUUAAGAAAGGUAACAUUUUUAUGCUAAAGGAGAACUUUCCUAGUGCCAGUAAGAAACUAUAAUAUUACCAGAAAAGAAGAAUUUAAGGAACAGUGGUUUACUUUUAUUUUUUUAAAGAUUAUCAGAAACAUUGUGUUUUAACAAAUGUUUUAACUCUUUAAGGCUAAGUAGAUAAUUAAAAUGAAAAACCACACUGAAUUAUUUUCUUAGGAUUUCUGUUUUUACAAAUUUAGAUGCUCUUUUCUUCACUGGUUCUUAAUUUGAGUUGUGGAAUGUGACUCCAUGUUGAAAAAUCCUGCCAUAGUAGUUAACAUUUUCCUCAGACCGUUCCUCUACUGUAUUAAAAAAAAAAAUAAAAUUAUUUUAUAAAAUGUGGCAUUGCAUCCCUGAGCUAGAGGAGAAAUCUGUUCACAAUGGUUACUUGUGAAUUUUGUUUUUCAAAAGAUGUUAGAUAUUAAGACAAAACCUACCAAAAUACCAUCAAAUGGAACAUAAAAAUAUUUAGAGUUUUAUUUUGACAAGAUAAAUUUAGUGGAGAAUAAUGAACAUACAUUGGAGAACAUGAUAAAAACGUGAAAAGGUGGAGGACGUUUGGCAGAAGGGGAAAGGGCAUGAGGCGGAUCACACCUAAGUGCACAUUGUGAGGGUGUAUAACAUGCCCCCUGGGUGAGGGGCUCUGCUACAAAUGGAACUUCACCCUGGAAGUGAGAACGAUGUAACCUAAAAAUUGUACCCUCAUAUUAAUUUGAGAAAAAAAAAAAACCCAAAUGUCAAAAGAAAAAAUUCAAAAAUAAUCUUGUUCUCGGGCAGUGCCUGUGGCUCAAAGGAGUUGGGCGCUGGCCCCAUAUGCUGGAGGUGGUGGGUUCAAACCCAGCCCCAGCCAAAAACUGCAAAAAAAAAAAAUCUCCUUCUCUCUCACCUCUGUUCCUUCAUGAAAGGAAUCAACUUCCAACUCUGUAGAAGUGCUCUAAACUUUCUUUGUUCUUCCUAAAUAAAAUUUGUCUUUGUUACAUUCAAAAUCUUUACAAAAGCCUUAUCCUAAGAUGUUUUUUAUUAAUUGUAUAUUGCUAAUUCUGGUUUAAUAUUUUAAAAAUAUGAACAUCUGUAGGACUUUAUGUAUGUGAUCUUCUCACCUUAUACCAUUUCCUCCUCCUUCUCUUCCACAUCCCAAACCCUAUUUAUAACCUUUGUUAUAUACCCAAUUUUGAUGUAGCACAAGUGUAGUGUUAGGAAACAAGACUUUCUGGAUCUGGGUUCUUUUCAAUUUUAUUUGGCAUAUAUAUUGAGGAUCUACUGCUUAUAUGUCACUAAAUCAAGUGUAAGACAAAAUAAAAAUAGGUUAUUUACCUAAAUAAACAAAUUGAAUUUAAAUCUAAUUUUUGCUUAUAGAUAUUACUUUGACCCUUUCAGGAAGGAUUAAGAUCUUUUUAUAUGGUUAGAAAAAAAAAAUUUAAUCGAAGUUUUAUAUAGCCAGAUGCCUCUAAGCCACAUAGAUUUUAUCAAUACAAAACAUAGGAUAUUUUGACAGGCCAUUGUAUUUAGAAUUGUAAGGAAAAGUGUCAAAACUUUGUCAGAGUGUGCUAAAUGCUUUUAUUUUUUAUUUCUUAAAGGGUUAAUAACUGAAUUGAAUUAAUGUUUACUAUGACACAUAAAACCAGACUGCAUAACUACCUGUGUUAGUCAUUAAAAUCACUGGUGUAGAAUUUGGUACAUCCUAAAUUCUGUUUGUAAAAUCUCCUUAUUGUUUUUGAUUUGUUUUUCAGAGAGGAAGUCUCCGUAACUCAGGGCUUGUUUUUUCUCAGGGAGUAAUUGAGUAUGGCUCUUUGGUUAGUGGUUUUGUUCUUAAUAGUUUCCAUCUUCAGUUUCUAGAUAUCCUAAAUCUCAAGUAUGAAGUUAAUUACAUUUGAACUGCCUUAAUAACUGAAGGAAAAAUUCCCACUGCCAACCGUGUUCCUUGUCUGAUUGAAUGUUUUCAGAACAAAAAGUAACUACUUAGCGUGACCUUUUUCUUGAAACAUUCAGUUUAUAAGUUUCCAUUUCUCAUUUUUUACUGUACUAAUCAUUAGUGUUAUACUUAAUUGUUCUCAAAUGGUUACAUGUAACUUACUUUUGCUUCCCUAAAAUGUAAAUUUCUAGAACUGACAAAAUUGUCAGUGACUUGACAAUUUUUGCAAUUUUCUUUUUCCCGUUUAGUUACAUUUGGGGUGCUUAUUAUAUGCCAGUAACUUUUCUGUAUUUGUUGAAUGUGUUCACUCAUUCAGUUCUGCAGACAGCUAAAUGAAGUAGAUACUGUUAUCCUUCUUUUACCUGAAAAUAAUAGGGUUGAGUAACUUCCCAAGCUAUCAGAGCUGAUAGUAGAUCCUAGAUUUAGACCAACACAUUCGAACUCAAGUGCAUUGUCGUAACUUCUAAUUACUUUAUAUUUGCCUCACAUAUACAAUAGUUUUUGAUAAAUACUUUUUGAUUAUCUUCAGUAUGAAGUUUGUCAUAUGCGCCAUUUAUUUCUGAAACAAAGAUGCCUUGUGUCUGUACUGUUUAUCUAAAUUCAGAAUUUAGUGGAAUUCAUACUGCAUUCCACUUGUAAUCAUACUUUGAGCUACUCAUUUAGUGUUUUAAAACAUCUUGGAGAAAAAAUAUAGGAAGUUUAGGUAAAACAAUAGUACUUAUAAAGAAUCGGGUAACAAAAUUUCUUGAACUUAACCACCUCACCACAAUCUCUAGUGAAACUGUUUCCUUUCCUGUUUAUGACACCGUUGUGCUAGUGUUAGAUACACCCUUAUUGCUUAAGUUCAAUUUCUUGCCACAUCCAGAUAGAACAUAUUUGUAGUACUAUUUUCUGUUUAUUCUGCUGCUAUAAUUUGCCCUCUUUAUUAAACCUUGACUAAUUUUAAUAAUCUUAUUUCUCAGCUUUAAUAUUUCUUAACAUAUGUGACAUUAAAAUUUCUUGGAAGUGCGGUUUUCAUCCUAAUUUUUAUGCUCGAAACUUACAGUAGUGUUGCAUUACUUCCAAAAUAAAGUCCGGGUUUCACACUGAUUUUCAUCAUCCCCUGGGUUUGACCCCACUCAUUUUCAUAGUUUUUUUUGGGACAGCCAACAUCUAGUACUAAGUAGUCUUUGUGUGUAUCCUGUGCUUUCUUAGCCUCUGCUUUUAUACCCAAGUAACCAAAUUGUAGAAUGUAAUUUUAUUGUCACAAGCAGUCUGACGAUGUAGGAAGGGCUAUAUGAUUCCAACAGUUUAAUAAUGAAAUUUCUUCAAUAAGUCAAGCAUUUUUCCUCUUUACAGGCUUUGUUAACAUUAUCUAUCUAGAAUAAUCUUUCUCACGUUUUUUACAUAUCUGCUUCAUUUUUAUCUUUGAGUCCACUUUCUUAAAUGUUUUUAAGUUAAACCCUGUUUGUAUUUAUCAGAAUAUCUUGUUUCAGUCUUAGCACUUCAGAGAUUAUUAUUUAUUAAUAUACCAAUUUAUUUUUCCCGCUAAAUUUUAAGCAGAGAGCAAGGACUAUAACUUCUUACAUUAUGUUUUUAAUGUUUUGCAAGGAGACUAUUCAAUAGAUAUUAAUUUAUUAAAGAUAGAAAUAAGGAAAUGAAUGCUAAUUUUUAUUCCUAGACCUCUGCCUAUCUGUUACAGACAGUGCUUAGCAUAUUAUACAUACUAUAUUAGGUGCUCAGUAAGUAUGUGUUCAAUACACCUGUAAUCCUAGCACUCUAAGAGGCUGAGACUGGUGGAUUUCUUGAGCUCAGAAGUUUAAGACCAACCUGAGCAAGAGUGAGACCCAUCUCUAAAAAUAGCCUGGUGUUUUGUUAGGCGCCUAUAAUCCAGCUACCAGAGAGGCUGAAGUAAGAGGAUCGCUUGAGCCCAAAAAUUUGAGAUUGCUGUGAGGUAUGAUGCCACAACACUCUACCAAGGGUGAUAAAGUGAGACUGUCUCAAAAAAAAAAAAAGUAUGUGUUUAAUGAACAAAGCCAAAGUUACCUUCCAAAAUGAUAAUAUAUGACUUCUAAUAUGAUCAGUAACACUCUGGUAGAUAGAAUUUUAUAGGUUUUAUUAUGCUUUCGUAAAAGAUGAAGAAUCUGAGACUCAAAGGUUAGUAACACACUGAAGUUUAGUUUUAUUGUUGUGGAGAUCUUAUCUCUGACCUUUUUGGUUUUUAUUUUUUUAAACUACAAAACCUAUGUGGGAUUUUUUUUGUACUUUUUUUACAGUCUGACGACUGCUAGUUAUCUUAUUCUGAAUCAAUUUAAGUUCUGAUCCUCAAUUUCUUCACGUGUAAAAAUGAACCGGCUCUAGACUAGGUAAUUUUUGUUUUGUUUUGUUUUUAAUUGAAAAAGAGCCUCUUGAUGUUGCCCAGGUUCGUCUCAAAGUCCUGGGCUCAAGGGAUCCUCCCACUUCAGCCUCCCAAAUUUCUGAGAUUAUAGGCAUGAUUAUGGGUGAUUUCUAAAGUCAGUUGUGAUUUUUAAAGUCACAUGGUAUUACUAUUGAAUGCCUUCUUAGCAAUUUAAGAAUAUUACUUUUAAAAUAAUUUGUAGUACAUUGUUGGUUAAAUUAAUUUUCUGUUGUUUUACUUCAUUAGCAGUGCUUGUUAAAAAAUAUACUUUUCAUUCUUAAUUUUUUCAACCACAUGUAUGUGUAAUAUGAGGUCUGAUGAUUAAGUUCAUGAACUCAUCCUAAAAAAAAUGCUGUGUCUCUUAUUGCUGAAUAUCUACAGUCACCUUUGAAGUACUCCCUUUGGGAAGUUAUGCACUGACACCAGUGCCUAUUCUACCCUUCAAAGCAAUUUUGGAGCUCUUUCUGGAACGGCCAUCAAAGCUGUCAUUAUAUUACCCUUGAUGUCCUGAAUGUCAUCAAAAGGCCUUUUUUUGAAUAUUUCUUUUAUCUUUGGGUAAAGAAAAAAUUCAUUGGGGGCCAGAUAAGGUGAGUAGGAGCAUGUUCCAAUACAGUUAUUUGUUUACUGGCUAAAAACUCCCUCACAGUCACUGCUGUAUGAGCUGGUGCAUUGAUUGUUGUGAUGCAAGAGAGAUGAGUUGGCCAAGAUUUUGAGUUAAGAUUUUCUUGUUUAUCAAUGUUCACUUGGUCUGCUAUGCUCCUUACAGUCAGCCAGCAAUUUUUGAAAUUGUGAUGCACAGUUUGACAAAUUUUUGCAAUGUUUUUGUCAGUUCUGUUCAUUACUGGCUGCCCUGACCUCUCUUCAUCGGUGACACUUUGUUUCUUCAGACAGAUGUUAAAUUCAUUUGUAUACCGCUGUUUUCUUCAUGGCAUUAUCCCCAUAAACUUGGACUAACAUGUCCCUGAUUUCAUUUCUACUCUUGCCAAAUUUUACAAAAAAAAAAAAAAAAAUACACAUUUUCAUUUGUUGCUAUAAUUCAAUCUCUGACAUUCUUGGGACAGCAUGCAGAAAUGCACAACCAUGAUGAGCUCGCAGGAAGACAUUGGCACAUGUCAACAUGCACACAACUCGGAAACACUGAUAAACAAGGUCAUGAAAACUUAACUGAGUUGUUUGUGCAGUGCUGUCAAUGUAAAUAAGCACACAGUGGUAAGUUCACAAACUUAGUUGUCAGAACUCUGACAUUUUACAUAUACACGUGGGUGAUAUGUGUAUUUCAGUCUACAAAAGGAAAAAACAAAAUGAUGAAAAUAUAAGGUGUCCCAAGAGUUACCCAUAAAGUUGCCCUUUAUAGGGACAAUAGAAAGGUGCAGCUAAAUAUACCUUUAUUUUACAAAAUAUUCAUUACAAAAUUUUACAAAGAGGUAGCCAACACAUAGAGAAUAUUUUGUAAAAUUUUAUAAAAUUAUAUUGACUUUAGGGGAGACUUUUGGGACAUUUUGUAUUUUAUGUCCUGUCUAGAAAUAGGUAUGAGAAAUAGAAAAGGGAAAAAGUAUGAAGUCUUUAAAAUAUUUUUCUAUUUUCUAAUGACUAGAAGACCUAAAGAUGUUUGAAACUACUGUUGUACUAAGUUUUUUUGCCUUGUUAAUACUUACGUUCAAAAUAUAUUUCCAUGUUUUAGUCAAAAAAGGUACAAAGUGGUUUGAGAGAAAGAUACUGCCAGUAAUCCCUAGUAAAAAUAAAGAUGUUGAUAAAAUAAUCAAUUAUAGAUGAUUCUUCCAAGGAGAAUGAGUCAUAGGAGGGGGUAAAUAUUUAAGAGUGACUCUAUAGAUAAUAGGAGAAUUCAGGAUAGCCUUUUUCUGUAGGAGGGUUGGCCCCAGAUGGGUGCUCAUAAAGUCAUUAAGUUAUUCCAAGAAAUUGAGUGGAAACAUUUGUUCAGCAAAGACAGAUUUUGCUGUAAUGACAGCACAAUUGUAGUAGUUCAAAUUUAUGAUCGAAAGAGCCUGGAAUACAAAAACAU